AUGGCCCCCAAGAAGAACAAGAGAACCGCCGACUCCAUCAACUCGCGCCUUGCGCUUGUGAUGAAGUCCGGUAAGGUCACCCUCGGCUACAAGUCCACCCUCAAGAGCCUGCGAACUGGCAAGGCCAAGCUCGUCAUCAUCGCCGGAAACACCCCUCCCCUGAGGAAGUCUGAGCUCGAGUACUACGCCAUGUUGUCCAAGACCUCCGUCCACCACUUCUCCGGUAACAACAUUGAGUUGGGCACCGCUUGCGGUAAGCUCUUCCGCUGCUCCGUCAUGUCCAUCCUCGAUGCCGCAGGAACAACCGUCACAAUGGCCCGCCGUCCCGCCCGUUGCUACCGCUACUGCAAGAACAAGCCCUACCCCAAGAGCAGGUUCAACCGUGGUGUCCCCGAUGCCAAGAUCCGCAUCUUCGACCUUGGUCGCAAGAAGGCCAACGUAGACGACUUCCCGCUCUGCAUUCACUUGGUCUCCAACGAGUACGAGCAGCUGUCCUCCGAGGCGCUCGAGGCCGCCCGUAUUUGCGCCAACAAGUACUUCGUCAAGAACGGUGGAAAGGAAUCUUUCCAUCUCCGUGUCCGCGUCCACCCCUACCACGUCGUCCGUAUCAACAAGAUGUUGUCUUGCGCUGGUGCCGAUAGAUUGCAAACCGGUAUGCGUGGUGCUUUCGGCAAGCCCAACGGUCUUGUCGCUCGUGUCAACAUCGGCCAGAUUCUCAUGUCCGUCCGGACUAGGGACUCUAACCGCGCCGUCGCUCUCGAGGCUCUCAGGCGUUGCCAGUACAAGUUCCCUGGUCGCCAAAAGAUCAUCGUCUCCAAGAACUGGGGUUUCACUCCUCUCAAGCGCCAGGAGUACAUUGACCUCCGCCAGGAGGGCAAGGUCAAGAUUGACGGUGCUUACGUCCAGUUCCUCCGCAACAAGGGUAACCUUGCCGAGAACAUCCGUCGCUUCCCUUCCGCUUUCGAGGCCUCUGCUUAG